AUGUCGGAGGAGCUGACGACGUUCGGUGACAGGAAGCGAAAGCUGGUCGCUGCGCAUGUGCUUAUCAUCGGCUCGUUGCCAGCGGUCUGGCAGGGCCAGAGUGCAGCGCACUUCAACGACUCAAUAUUCGAGCUGAUGCAGGCGAAGUUCGAUCUCGGCCGCGAAACCAUCGAUCGCAUCAUCCGUUUUCCAUGGGUUGAUGAUGAGCAGCAAGAUCAGGAAUUUGGAGUGAAGUGUUUGGUUUCAUUUUGUUCACGAGAGCACAAAGAUCGUGUUAUCUCGGGCAAAAGUAGCCUCGAGCCGCCAACAACCGUUGAUCCGGUCACGGAACCACCGAAUGAGUUAAGCGGUGAAGCAGAAUUCGAAGCAGCAACGCCCGAUGAUGUUGGGAUGGCUGGUGCUGUUGUUGCUGCUGCUGCUGUUGAGGAGAGUGCCGGAACUCAGAAGGGCGCUACUGGUGCCGCUGCUGACAGCGGCCCGAAUGAGUCAUCCGGCACUUCCGGACCGAGUAAAGACAGCAUCGACGAUGCUACACUGGAACAAGUAGUGAAGAGAGGAAUCAUGACCGAAUAUGUGGACAAGAGAAGACGCAGAGAAAAACCGGACGAAGUUAUAAUCCGUGAACUCAUGCAAAGCAUCAAAGAUACUGUAGCUGCACGAACCGACCAUGGUGCUGGGAAAAGAGCUUUUAUGGAUAAUUACUACCAGAAUCUCGCUAUUGAUUGGCACGGUUCACCGGAACUUCAGUGGAGAGGUCAGUGUUGGCAGCGGAAAUGCAGUCUUUCAUUAAUCUUCAUUUGGCAGUAA